UCAUAGAGCCUUCAGUGAAAUCUAUCUAAAAGUUUAUCUUGGCGAUUCAGUUUCCUCAGUGGCUCAGGAGAACAUGGCCUCGCUGUGAACUAAAGAGGCUCCAGCUGACUCUGGAUCUGCACUGCUGUAGGAGAUGAACAUUAUCAGGUGUCUCUCCUUGUUUUGUCGCUAAAACUGAGUCUAUAUUUGUGAGUCAGUAUGGGGGACUGGAACUCAUUGGGGAAGCUGCUGGAGAGUGCCCAGGAACACUCCACCGUUGUGGGCAAAGUCUGGCUGACAGUGCUGUUCAUCUUCCGCAUCCUAGUGCUGGGAUCGGCCGCUGAGAAGGUGUGGGGCGACGAGUUGUCUGGCUUCACGUGCGACACCAAGCAGCCUGGUUGUCAGAACGUAUGCUAUGACAAGACCUUCCCUAUUUCCCACAUCCGCUUCUGGGUGAUGCAGAUCAUCUUUGUUUCCACCCCAACUCUCAUUUAUCUGGGCCACAUCCUUCACCUGGUCCGCAUGGAGGAAAAGGAGAAGCAGAAAGAGAAGGACCUUGACAUCCACAGUGAAAAACACCAGCAGGUACUUGGCACCAAAGCAAAAAAGGCCCCAGUUAAAGACAAGCAGGGCCAUGUCCGUUUGAAAGGCGCACUGCUGCGAACCUACGUCCUCAACAUAAUUUUCAAGACCCUAUUUGAAGUAGCCUUUAUUGUAGCUCAGUACUUCCUGUAUGGUUUUGAGCUCAAGGCGAUGUACACCUGCGACCGCUGGCCUUGCCCUAAUGUGGUUAACUGCUACAUCUCUCGACCCACUGAGAAGACAAUCUUCAUCCUCUUCAUGCUGGCCGUGGCCUGCAUCUCCCUGCUGCUCAACCUAGUGGAAAUGUACCAUCUAGGUUUCACUAAGUGUCACCAGGGCCUUGGUUACAGACGAUCACGGGCUGCAGGCGUGGCCUCCGAGGCCCUAACUGAGGCGGUCAUGCCCUAUGUCCCAAACUAUAACUACUUUGCUGGUCAUCCUGCAGUGCCUGAACCUUUCCCCACAGAUUCAAAGUACAGCAUGGCAGAGCCAAACUCUGCCUACAACAGCAAAGUGGUUUACAAGCAGAACAGAGACAAUAUGGCUGUGGAGAGAAAAGGUAAAGCAGAGGGAGAUGAUGUGAAGGAGAGGAAAAUCUCCAGCCCUGUCUUUGAGUUGCCCAUUGAAAAUCAACGCAGAAACAGUCAGUCAAGCAAGUACAGCAAUAACAAGAGCAGGCUGGAUGACCUGAAGAUCUAGGGACUUUCUGUGUUUUUAUUCAAGACUCAGGAACAGCAGACCAUAGCCUAUGAAAACAUAUGUAUGAAACGCUAUUUGGGACAAAACUAUUGAAUGAACACAAAACAGAUUACAGUUAAUAAAUCACAACUUAAUUAAUUCACCUUGGGGUAUGAAAUCAUCAACUACGCCCACAAUGACUUGUUUGUACUCAAAAAACAUUCUGUCUACACAUCUGCUCUUGCAUUUUCUGAAGUUUUGACUUGCAGAUUAAUGAAUAUUCAAAUUUGUUUUGCACUCGCUCAGUAGUUUUGACAUUAAUGGACUUCCAUACCUGUGUGUGAUAAGGAUGCAGAUAACUUGAGAAUUGUUUUGUUUACAAUCAAUUUACUUACUAAAACUGUGAGAUACGGAAAUUAUGCCAAAUCAAAAGCAAAAAGCUGUUGUAGACAGAAUUGAACCUCUCACUGCAGUUUGAAUAUGUGAAAUGUUUGGGAGACACAAGCUCCAGCUUUUAUUGCAAUGUUACUGUACUGUUUGUGGAGAAUGCACAAUCCAUUACUUCACUCUAAGGACAAGUUUUUCAAUUUAACAUUUGCUUUUAUCAACCAAACUAUGGCCAAUAAAUGCAUGCCUAUUUGGGUUUUUUACAAAAGGUAGAUAUGUUGAUACCCAAACAUUCAACUGUUAUACUUAAUUAUUAUUGUGUGACUGUGUAAUUUGAUUAAACUGAUGUUAAGCAAAGGAGUGUUCUGUCAAUAUUCAUGUCA